ACCCUGUCUAUGGCUCUCGUUAUCGGCUGUUAUCGGCUGUUUUUAUUUAUCUUUGCCUUAUAAUAUACAGAAUGAUUCAACUGAUUUCGCUUUUUAUUGCAUUUAUUUAGCUAUUAUCUCUUAUAUUAUUGUUGUUGAGCGAAAGAAUUGGGCUGUACGAAGAUUACAUGCGAGAAAGUUUGGUUAAUUUUGCAAAAUGCUCAAGGGUGCAGUCGGUUUGGUAACUGGAGGGGCGUCUGGUUUAGGCAAAGCCACAGUAGAGCGUCUGGUGGCUCAAGGAGCCCGAGUGGUUUUAUGCGACUUAGCGAACUCAAAGGGGCUCGAGGUGGCAAAGUGCUUAGGGGAUGAAGACAAAGUCUUGUUUGCUCCUGUAAAUAUUACCAAAGAAGACGACGUACAAAACGCCCUAAAACUAGCUAAGGAAAAGUACGGAAAACUCAACUAUGUGGUAAACUGUGCAGGGAUUGGAGUGGCCUUUAAAACAUACAAUUUCAAAAAAAAGCUGCCGCAUCACCUGGAAGAUUUUUCCAAAGUUGUGCAAGUUAACACCAUUGGUACUUUCAAUGUGAUCCGACUGGCUGUGGGCCUGAUAGGCGAAAACCAGCCGAAUUCCAAUGGAGAAAGAGGAGUAGUGAUCAACACGGCAAGCAUAGCGGCCUUUGAUGGCCAAAUGGGGCAAGCAGCCUACGCUGCAAGUAAGGGGGCUCUAGUGAGCAUGACCUUGCCUCUAGCCAGAGAUCUAGCCGUUGAAGGCAUUAGAGUGGUCACUAUUGCCCCAGGCCUCUUCAAAACCCCUUUACUGAACGAACUGCCCCCAAAAGUAAUAUCGUAUCUGGAAUCGUGUGUUCCAUUUCCCAGCCGAUUGGGGAAUCCAGCUGAAUUUGCUCAAAUGGUCCAGGCAGUCAUUGAAAAUCCCAUGCUGAAUGGCGAAACGAUUCGUCUGGAUGGGGCAUUAAGAAUGACAUAAAUAUUCCAGGUUUAAGCUCCAAAACGUUUUUUAGUUGUUUUUGAUUUUUUAACGAAUUAAGGAAAUAUGUGGUUUUUAUGA